AUGGACCAUCGGAUAAUUCUGAAUGUCGGUGGUGUACGUCAUGAGACAUACAGAUCAACCCUCCGUAAAAUUCCAGCUACACGUUUAUCGAGACUUACAAAGACCCUCAUUAAUUAGGAUCAAGUUUUGAAUGAAUACUUCUUCGAUCGGCAUCCAGGUGUUUUUGCCCAAGUCCUUAAUUACUAUCGGACGGGGAAGCUUCAUUAUCCGAGUGAUGUUUGCGGACCGCUGUUCGAGGAGGAGCUUGAGUUUUGGGGGCUUGACUCAAACCAGGUAGAGCCAUGCUGUUGGAGUACCUACAGCACCCAUCGGGACACAAAAGCAACCCUAGCUAUUCUAGAUAAUCUCGACGACUGUGAAAAAUUAAACGACUGAGAGAUAGCUCGUCUCUUCAAUUACGAACACCUCUCAACAUUGACAAAGUGGCAGAAAAUUCGGCCGAAAAUCUGGAAGAUCUUUGUGGAGCCAUGCUCAUCAAUUAUUGGCAGAUGCAUGGCCUGCAUGUCCAUUCUCUUUAUCUGCCUCUUUGUCUUGUCCUUUUGCCUCAAGACAAACCAGAUGCAACUAGAGGGCAAGGUCAUAACGCAAACCGAGUUGAAUUCAACAACUCAAAUACUUUAUUAUGUAGAGCAUGCCUGCAAUGCGUGGUUCGCUCUGGAAAUCAUGCUCCUCUGUGCGGUCAGUCCUAGCUUGAGGCGUUUUGCCGCAUCCCCGGUAAACAUGAUCGAUAUGGCAGCAACAGUCAGUUUCUACGUGGAACAGUUUCUAACUGAGACAAGCCUGUAUCUUGAGAUACUCUCAAUAGUUAGAGUGCUCAGGCUCUUCAAACUGACCAGACACUCACCUGGAUUGAGAAUACUCAUACAUACGUUCAAGGCAUCCGCCAAAGAGUUGGAAUUACUUGUCUUCUUCCUUGUACUUGGUAUUAUGGUUUUCGCUAGUCUUAUAUAUUAUGCCGAGAGGCUGCAGACUAAUUAAAACAUUUCCCGGACUAAAACAUUUCCCGGAAUGCUCAUCGGUGCCCUCUGUGCACUCGCUGGUGUCCUAACCAUAGCCCUGCCCGUGCCCGUCAUCGUCAAUAACUUCUCCAUGUUUUAUGUACAAAGCCAGGCGAGGAGCAAAUUACCGAAGGAACGACGCAAGGUCCUGCCGGCGGAAGUACCGAGGCGGAGCAGAAGAGUCAAGGCUGAGCAAAAUAGUAUCGAUUCAUAG